AUGGCACACUACUUUGCUGAUGCUCUCGAGGCUCGUUUGGCUGGCACUGGAAUAGAACUGUAUGCAGCUUUUGCAAUGAGGACAAUAACUGCUGCAGACAUAUUAAAAGCCUUUCAGAUCCUUCGUUCGCCUUUGUUUCAGGUGUAUGUUACAGCUUUGUCUAACAUAUUUGCUGGCGAGUCAAUUGGGAUGCUGACGAGGGAAGCAACAAGUAUACACAUAAUUGAUUUUGGUAUUCUGUAUGGUUUCCAGUGGCCAUGUUUCAUUCAGGGGAUUUCCCUUAGGCCAUCAGGACCUCCAAUACUUCGGAUUACAGGAAUAGACUUUCCACAACCUGGAUUCAGACCAGCAGAAAGAGUUGAGGAGACAGGGCGUCAACUAGCUAAGUAUUGCAGGAGAUUUAAUGUCCCUUUUGAGUAUAAUGCUAUAGCUAAGAAAUGGGAUUCUAUCCAGCUAAAUGAUCUCAAGAUAAACAAAAGUGAGAUGCUUGUUGUUAAUUGCUUAUACCGGCUCAUAUAUGUGCCUGAUGAAACAGCAAGCGAAAACAGUCCAAGGGAUGAUGUUCUAAGAUUGAUUAAGCAAAUAAAGCCUGAUGUUUUCCUUCAUGGAAUCAUUAACGGGACACAUAACUCAAGUUUCUUUGAAACUCGAUUUAAAGAGGCACUAUUCCACUACUCUUCUCUGUUUGACAUGAUGGAGGCAACUGUACCACGUGAAAAUCAAGAGAGAUUGCUGUUUGAGAAGGUGAAUUUCGGGAAGGAAAUCAUGAACAUUGUGGCUUGGGAAGGUACUGCAAGAGUUGAGAGGCCAGAACCGUAUAAGCAAUGGCAGUUAAGAAACUAGAGAGCUGGCUUUAGGCAGAUUCCAUUAGAACCGAACAUAGUUAACGAAGUGAGGGCCAAGGUGCAACUGCAAUACCAUAAGGACUUUUUAGUGGAUGAAGAUGGCAACUGGAUGCUGCAAGGAUGGAAAGGCAGAGUUAUAUAUGCUCUCUCUUGUGGGGAACCUGUUGAUAAUUGA